UAUUCUCGUAUAGGAGGUUCGAGCCUCGGACAAGAUUGAGACCAUUUAUUCUACUCUCGCUCUUUUAGAUUUUCACAGUCCACAGAGAGAGCAGAUUAUAGAAUGAAAGAGGAAAGGGGAAAGAUGGAAGGAGGUGUCAAACUGGACAAAUGGGGAUACGAAGUGAGAACUUCUUCGGAGGCCUGCAUUUCAUCUAUCAACGCCUUCUACGAUCAGUUUCUAGGGUAUGGCAGAGAUCGGUGUGUGAUUCUGGAAGCCGCAGCUCAUGAUAAAGACUGCGUUUUGGCCAACAUCUUGGCAGCCCAUCUCCUUAACUUCUCUGAUCCUUCACGAGCUCCUUCUUUUCUUGAAGCUGCUAAGGCCAACCUUGAACAAGCUACUCGGUAUGAGAAACUAGUUUUCGAUGCCGUCAGUUAUUUGGGUUCUAAAGACAGAGAUGAUGAUGUCGCUGUUGAGUUACAUCUUAAGGUUCUGAAAGAGUUCCCAAGAGAUCUGGCAUCCCUGAAGAGAGCUCAAGUUCUGUGCUUCUACAUGGGUCAACCUGAUCUUUUUCUGUCUCUUAUUCGCCAGGUUCUUCCUGAAAAUGAAGGAGAUAAUUACGUAUACGGCAUGCUUUCUUUUGCUUUAUUAGAGGUUGGACAAAUGAGAGAUGCUGAGAAAGCUGCCAAAAGGGGACUUGAAAUCAAUAAGGAAGACGUCUGGGCGCAGCAUGCUUUAUGCCAUGUUUUUCAGUAUGAAUGUAAAUUUAAAGAAGCAGUUCAGUUCAUGGAAGGAUGUGCGUCUUCAUGGAAUUCUUGUUUGUCAUUUAUGCUGACCCACAAUUGGUGGCAUGUAGCACUUUGUUAUUUAGAAGGUAAUGCCCCAACACAAAGAGUCCUUGAGUUAUAUGACCAUCAUAUAUGGAAAGAGUUAGAAAGAGCUGAUGCUGCCGGAGAGGUUUACUUAAAUGCUGUGGGUCUUCUUUUGCGAUUGCAUGUUCAUGGUGAGCUUGAUGUCCUUGGGGAUCGUCUCGAGAUACUAGCAGGAUGCCUAAGUGACCAAGCAAAUUGGAAUAUAGAGUGGCACCUUGAUGUAAUGACCGUCUGGGCUUUAGCAAAGACUGGAAAAUUCUCUAAAGCUGAGGAUCUUCUAAAUGAGUUAAAAUACAGGAUUUCUAGAAUGGGCACAAAGAAGCAACAAUCAAUGCAGAAGGGAAUGCAGCUCGCAGAAGCUCUUUAUGCAUAUGGGAGAGGGAACGACAGGCAAGGACUGGAGUUACUGGAUUCUGAUUUUGAUGCCUGUAAUUACAAGAUAAUCGGAGCGUCAGAUGAACAACUUGAAGUGUUCAAUCAAGUUUGGUACACGAUGUUACUGAACGCUGGAGAAACAAUGAAGGCAAUCGAGGUGAUCGAGAAGCAAAUCAAGAAAAGGGAAGGUGUUCCAUUCAUGUGGCGCCUACUGGAGAAAGCAUACAGACUAGCGAACAGGCCAGAAGCCGGCAAAGCAAACGAAAAGGCCAGGGCGUUGGAGAGUGCAUACUUCUAACGAAGGAAUAAUCGCCUCCUUUACAUGAACUAUGCUUGUUGAAUGAAUACUGAGGUAUCCUAGAGUGCACUGCAAUGGUCGAUGCAAAAAAGAGUGUUAUUGUGUAAUGCAAACAUAGAACUUAUAAAAAAGAAUGAAAAAGUUGUAGCUUUUGCAUCCUUGGAGGCUGUGAAACCUUGUGGCAUGUGCAGUGCCGUGUUUCUUAUUGACUUUGACACAUGGUAGCCCUGUCGGGUCAUUUUCUUAGCGCAAAUCACGGGAAGGUCAUGGAGAUAGAUAUCUUA